GUCUGCAAAUACCAAAUAAAUAAAUUUAAUUUAAAAUGUCAGGGGUGGGAAACCACACUCAUAUCUUCAAGGAAUUAUUUGCAGAGAUGCUGGCAAAUAACGGAAGAUUUAACAUGCUCCCUCAGGAGAAAAGACAGGCAUUCACAGCAUAUGUCUAUACCUCAGUGCCUAAAUUCUUUGUUUCUGAUGGUAACCACUAUGUCACGACUUAUUUUACAAAGUCAUGUGUCGCGGAUUUUAAGAAGAAGUAUCCAAAGAUUGGCUUAACUGAUCUCCAUGGUAAAUUUGUGACUAUUACUUCUUGGUCACUGAACCUGAUAGAUGUGGACUCAGAGAACAACCCUUUGUCUUACUUGAACAUGGAAAUCCAGUUAGUGAUUAAGGAACUGAAGCCUAAUUUCACCUCCAAAAUGACAUGCAACAGCUUCUUACUGAAUAUCUAUAAGGACAACGAUAUGAAGCUGGACUUUGCCAUCUACAAGCAUUUCAAGAGUAAAGAGACUGCUGCAGCAAAUUUUGAUCAAGAGCUUCCUGAGUUUGAAGAUCUGGAGGAAUCAAAAAGGACAACCACGAGACAUAACAAGUGGAGGCUCGAACAGGAGAAGCUUUCUCCUCCUUUUGAGGAUAUCUAUGAUUACGACGAGCUUGUCAAGAAGGAGAUUCCUGAACUCUCCACUAUACAUAAAGAAGAAGUCAUUGAAUAUAUGAAGAACGAGUAUUCUUCCCAGUACGCUGGCUCAAAGAACAAGAUGGAGAGCAAGCAGAGGUUAAAGGAAGAACCUCCCUUGAGACUUCAAACUCCUGAUGAUAUCAAGAAGGCAAUUGAGAACAUCAUCAAAUUCCAGAAGAAGCCAGAAGAAAAGUGUGUUAAAGCUGUUAAAACUACAAAAAUGGAAGCUCCUGCUCCUGUGCAGAUUAAAUCUGAAACUAAACCUUCUAGAAAGAAGCCGAUGACUAUCACUAAGUUUCAAGAGUACAUCGGAUGGUAUGAAAAGCAGUCUAACUCAGGAAAGUUUUCUUCCAUGUCGAAAGGAAGCCUGAAGAAGCCUACACCUGCACUUGGAAGAAGAUAAAGCCCUAUUCUCUUGCUCAAUUAAAAGUAUU